AUGUCAGUAAAGAGGAGUUUUGAGAUCAACCCUAAUACUUCAACAAAUGAAGAUCCCAAGAAAUUAUCUAGAGUAGGUGAUUCUGAAAUGGAGGUUGCUUGGACCAGUUGUGAAAAGGACAGAGGUUUUGAUCAUCAUACGGUUAGAGAAGAAUCUGAAUACGAAGGUUGUAUUGAACUAUCAAAGAAAAGUAGAAAUAUGACUAGAAACGGUACCCCUGUAGGUGAUCCUGUAGCUUCGAGAGCCUCAUCAAAAUCUCAUUAUAAAUUUGCCUCACAUGCCUAUGGAGUCCGUAUGUUAUCUAAGGAUCUUUCCAAUACCAAGAUAGAUUUACAAGUAGAGAAUAUUAUGAUAGUCAAUAAACAAGAUGAUCUUUCUUUAGUUUAUUUGGCAAGAGAAUUAGUUCAAUGGUUAUUGACCAAUUAUAAUAAAUUGAAUGUAUAUGUUCAAGACAAUUUACAAAAUUCUAAACAUUUUGAUGCUCAAUCAAUUGCCAAAGAUAGUCAAUGUAAAGAAAGUAGAAUUAAAUAUUGGGAUUUAGAUUUUUUAGAUCAAAACGUUGGGUUUUUCGAUCUAAUUAUUACAUUAGGUGGUGAUGGUACAGUCUUGUUUGUUUCAUCUAUUUUCCAAACACAUGUUCCACCAGUAUUACCAUUUGCUUUAGGAUCAUUAGGAUUUUUAACUAAUUUCCAAUUUGAAUAUUUCAAAGAAGAUUUACCUUUAAUAUUAAAUCAAAAGAUCAAGACCAAUUUAAGAAUGAGAUUGGAAUGUAAAGUGUUUAGAAGACAAGAACCUAUUUUAAACCCAAGAACAGGUAAAAAAAUUUGUAUAAAUGAAUUAGAAUCUGAACACCAUGUUUUAAAUGAAUUAACAAUUGAUAGAGGUAUUAGUCCAUUUAUUUCCAUGUUGGAAGUAUAUGGUGAUAAAUCCUUAUUGACAGUAGCACAAGCUGAUGGGUUGAUUGUGGCUACCCCCACAGGGUCUACUGCAUAUUCUUUAAGUGCAGGUGGUUCAUUAGUAUAUCCAAGUGUUAAUGCCAUCUCUGUGACCCCAAUUUGUCCUCAUACUUUAAGUUUUAGACCUAUUAUUUUGCCUGAUAGUAUGAAUAUUAGAGUUAAAGUGUCUGCGAAAUCAAGAGGUACUGCAUGGGCAGCAUUUGAUGGUAAAAAUAGAGUGGAAUUAAGGCCUGGAGAUUAUAUAUUAAUAUCGGCCAGUCCCUAUGCAUUCCCCACUUUGGAAGCUACUUCUACUGAAUUUAUUGAUAGUAUCAGUAGAUCAUUGAAUUGGAAUGUUAGAGAACAACAGAAAUCUUUUAGUAACGUGUUGUGUAAAAAGAAUUUGGAGCAAUUUGAAAAUGUUCAAUUACAAGAUAAAGAAGAAUCGGUAGAAGAAGUGGAAGUGGAUAAUAGAUUGGAGAAUUCAGCCACUAAGGGGAUUGAGAUGGUUCAAAUCGAUGAGCCACGCAAUGACGGUUUGUGA